CCAGCUCACCUGCAUCAUCAAGUUUGAGAGGUUGCUGAAGAUUUGAGUUUGCAACGUAGCUGGAUAAUUGGUGUUGACACAAACUGCAGUUUUUGAAGAAAUACAAGCUACAUAGUCAUACCAAAAUGGUUUUACUGACAAUGGUUGCUCGUGUGGCGGACGGACUACUGCUUGCCGCGUCGAUGCAAGAGGACGAACAGUCAGGAAGAGACAUGCAGCAGUACCAGAACCAGGCAAAGCAACUGUUUCGCAAACUCAACGCUCAAAGUCCCAACCGCUGUACCCUGGAGGCUGGGGCUGUGACUUUUCACUAUGUGAUAGAACAUGGUGUGUGCUACCUGGCGUUGUGUGAAGCUGUAUUUCCCAAGAGGAUGGUUUUUGGAUAUCUGGAAGACCUUCAAGCAGAGUUCCACAAUCAAUAUGGAAAAAAGGUCCCCACAGUUUCUCGGCCAUACUCUUUCAUUGAGUUUGACACAUACAUCCAGAAGACCAAGAAGUCGUACAUUGACAGCAGGUCCAGGAGGAACCUGGGCGGCAUCAACACAGAGCUGCAGGAUGUGCAGAGGAUCAUGGUUGCUAACAUUGAAGAGGUUCUACAGCGAGGAGAAGCCUUGUCAGCUCUCGACUCCAAAGCCAGCAAUCUGUCCAGCCUCUCAAAGAAAUACCGCAGUGAUGCCAAAUACCUCAACACCCGUUCCACCUAUGCCAAGAUAGCAGCAGUGGGAGUCUUUUUCGUCACACUUGUUGUCUACAUACGUUUCUGGUGGCUUUGAUGGACUGAGAGAAGGGACAUUCUAACCAACUGGUUUGAUUUGUUAACAGUAAAACACAAGUUGCUAAGUGGAUGUCUUGGGAGAAGGUGUGGCAAUGUGUGCUGGGAUAGAAGGGACAUCUGUCUUUUGUUUUUAACUGUCAUGUCUUGUCUCUGGAGCCUGUUCGAUAAAGCGUGUUUACUGAAUACGCCAGGCUUAUGUUAGUUACUUUCCCUGACAAGCCUGGUUUAGUCGGUAAACUCACUUUAUGGAACAGGCCCCUGGUCUUGUGUAAAUGGAUUCAAAUACUGCCUUAUGGUUUAGGUCAGCCUCUCUCAAUCCAGGUCCUUGGGACCCCCUUCUCUGCAUGUUUUGUGUUUCCCUCUUCCAACACACCUUAUUGAAAUAAAUGAGUUGUUACCAGGCUUCUGCCGUGCUUGAUAAUGACCCAAUUUGAAUCAUAUGUGUUGAAAUAGGGGAAACAUCUAAAAAAGGCAGGGCAGGGGGUCAAAAGGACCUGGAUUGAGAGGCUGCUUUAGAUGAAUGAAGGGAGGUGGGAUCUGGGCACUCAGUGUUUCCAUGUUUCCCAUUUGCUGGAGCAUAAAAGGGAUACAUGAAUAAGCGUUAUCUAUGUUUACAUGAUGGGAUGGAAAUUCCUUUCAAAGCUAUGCUGUGAAAGUUAAUUCAUAUAUGCAAUGGUCUUAAGUAUGAACCAAUUUCUUAUACCAAAAGUUUAUUGUUUACAUAAUUUCCAUAAAAUGUAACUGUUGACAAUUAAAUUAUAUAUUCAACCA